UCUCUCUCUCUCUCCUCUGAGUUCUCCCCACUGCUUUUGUUGCUUCAGUUUCUCAUCACCUUCAGUGAAUUGCUAUUGGAACGGGAGAGUGAAAAAGGAAUCGAAUGAUGUUGUUUACGAAGGUGCCAAGGUGAAUGCCAUGCCUAUUAAGGUGUUCCAUGGAACUACCUAUGCUGGAUUGUUGGACAAAAUCUAUGCAACCACCGCCAUCGACAGACAGGAUUUUGAGUUGAACAUCAUAUGCAGAUAUCCUAUUUCUUCACAGGAGUAUAAACCGAUCCCUAUAAAGAAUGAUGAGGGGGUGGAACUUUUGUUGGAAGUGCCCAGCAGAUCUGGAGUGUACUGUGUAGAAAUAUAUUUGGAGGAAGAACCAGCACCCUUACGGGUACUUGAAGCAACUGCUUUGCUAACAAAAGAGACUAAUGCAGUGGAGGUGGGUGAUGAUGGUAAAAAUAAUGGGGAGACUUCAUCCAAGCUCUCAAAUGAUUUUCCUAAAAUUGACGACAACAAAGUACUGAUUGGGGAUCGAAGAAAGUGGGAGGAGUUAAACAUCAACUGUUUGGUGAAUGUAUUUCAGAAAGUGGGAAUGGAGACACUGUUGUUGGAUGUACCCUUGGUAUGCAAGUUAUGGUAUAAAGCAACCCUCCAUCCUAUGUGCUGGCAACACCUUAUUUUUCCAGAAAACUUCCAGGCAUUUGCAGACAGGAUAAUGAAGGAAUAUCAAAAGGAAAUUCCUAUCACUUCAUUCAUAAAGUUCAUCGUCAAUCGCAGCAGUGGAUGUGCUACUACUCUUAUGCUGCCCUACCGCUGCAGUGAAGAAGGGUUGGAGUAUGCUGCUAAGCAGUGUCCUGCUUUAAAGGUUUUCGGUCUCCAUGGUUCUCUAUCUCUCAAAAAUGCAAGUGUCAUUCCCAAGCUGAUCAGAAACUGGAAAAAUCUUGAAGUAUUGAGACUGAUGUGGGCCCCCCAUUAUGUACCAGAGAUCCUCAUUCAAAUCAGUCUUCAUUGCAAGAAUUUCUUUCAGCUAAUGCUUCCAAAGUCCUACGUCGGGGCCAAUGAAGCGUCCGCCAUUGUCACGCAUCUGCCAAAGAUUAAGCACUUGUUUCUAAAAGGAGCAACCAUUGAGAAGAUGAAUCUAGUGAUGAUACUGCGGUGCUGCAGAGAGCUUGUGAGGUUAGACGUGAGGGACUGCUUUCUUUUUGAGGAGAGUGAUGCUGAGAUAUUGGAGCUUGCUUCACAUAUUCCUUCAUUCAGGUGUGAAGGAUCAACCCAUAUAGACAAUUAUGAGGACAGAGAACUCCUGAUUGCUUUAUGCAGAAUGGGGAGAAACAAUUUUUCUUUUGGUGAAUGGGACAACCCAUUUGAUUGGAACUUUGUGAGCUGAGUUCAGCUCAGCUUGUUAACCUAAAGUACUUGCUAUGAGAAAUUCCCUUGUAUCCCCGCCA